GGAGCCGCCCCCCGCCCGCGGCGGCCCCUAGGCAGCGGCUCUUGGGGGGCAGGGGACGCGGUCGGGCGGCGCGGGGAGGAGGCGGGACGGCUCCCGAGUAGCUCCUGCGGGACCGGACGGCCCGGGCCGAGCCGGGCUCCAGGCGCCGAGGCGGAGGAAGAAGGAACGAUGGCUUUGGACGGUAUAAGGAUGCCAGAUGGCUGCUAUGCAGAUGGGACGUGGGAGUUAAAUGUCCAUGUGACGGACUUGAACAGAGAUGUUACCCUGAGAGUCACAGGGGAGGUGCACAUUGGAGGGGUAAUGCUGAAGUUGGUGGAAAAACUUGAUGUCAAGAAAGAUUGGUCAGAUCAUGCACUAUGGUGGGAAAAGAAGAGAACCUGGCUCCUUAAAACUCACUGGACCUUGGAUAAGUAUGGCAUACAAGCUGAUGCUAAGCUCCAGUUCACUCCUCAACACAAGUUACUCCGCCUUCAGCUUCCGAAUAUGAAGUACGUGAAGGUGAAAGUGAACUUCUCUGAUAGAGUCUUCAAAGCUGUCUCUGACAUCUGUAAGACGUUCAAUAUCAGACAUCCAGAAGAACUCUCUCUCUUGAGGAAACCCAGGGAUCCAACAAAGAAGAAAAAGAGAAAGAUAGAUGACCAAAGUGAAGAUGAGGCGCUUGAACUGGAGGGACCAUUAAUCACUCCAGGAUCAGGAAGCAUAUAUUCAAGUCCAGGACUUUAUAGCAAAACCAUGACGCCCACCUAUGAUUCUCAUGAUGGAAGCCCUCUGUCUCCAACUUCAGCUUGGUUUGGAGAUAGUGCUUUAUCAGAAGGGAAUCCUGGUAUACUUGCUGUGAGCCAGCCAAUUACAUCCCCAGAAAUCUUAGCAAAAAUGUACAAGCCACAAGCACUUCUCGAUAAAGCCAAGAUCAACCAAGGAUGGCUGGAUUCAUCAAGAUCGCUCAUGGAACAAGAUGUGAAAGAAAAUGAGGCCUUACUGCUCCGGUUCAAGUACUACAACUUUUUUGACUUGAAUCCAAAGUACGAUGCAAUCAGAAUCAACCAGCUUUAUGAGCAAUCUAAAUGGGCUAUUCUUUUAGAAGAAAUAGAAUGUACGGAAGAGGAAAUGAUGAUGUUCGCAGCAUUGCAGUACCACAUCAACAAACUAUCAAUCAUGUCAUCAGAAAAUCACUUGAACAACAGUGACAAAGAAGUUGAUGAAGUUGACGCUGCCCUGUCUGAUUUGGAAAUUACUUUAGAAGGUGGUAAAACAUCAACAAUUUUGGGUGACAUCACUUCGAUUCCUGAGCUUGCUGACUACAUUAAAGUGUUCAAGCCUAAGAAACUGACGCUAAAAGGUUACAAGCAAUACUGGUGCACCUUCAAAGAUACAUCCAUUUCCUGCUAUAAAAGCAAAGAUGAAUCCAGUGGGACUCCAGCUCACCAAAUGAACUUAAGAGGGUGCGAGGUUACUCCUGAUGUAAACAUCUCUGGUCAGAAGUUUAAUAUCAAACUUCUGAUUCCAGUUGCAGAUGGUAUGAAUGAAAUCUGGCUUCGCUGUGAUAAUGAGAAGCAGUACGCACACUGGAUGGCAGCCUGCAGGCUAGCUUCCAAGGGCAAGACCAUGGCGGACAGCUCGUACAACUUAGAAGUUCAGAAUAUUCUGUCAUUUUUGAAGAUGCAGCAUUUGAACCCAGAUCCACAGUUAAUCCCAGAACAAGUCACAACUGACAUUAAUCCAGAAUGUCUGGUUUCACCUCGCUACCUGAAAAAGUACAAGAACAAACAGCCAGGCUAUAUAAGAGACUUGAUCACAGCCAGGAUAUUGGAGGCCCAUCAGAAUGUAGCUCAGAUGAGUCUAAUUGAAGCCAAGAUGCGAUUUAUUCAAGCUUGGCAGUCUCUACCUGAAUUUGGCAUCACACACUUUAUUGCAAGAUUCCAAGGGGGCAAGAAAGAAGAGCUGAUUGGAAUUGCCUACAACAGACUGAUCAGAAUGGAUGCAAGCACAGGAGAUGCAAUUAAAACGUGGCGAUUCAGCAACAUGAAACAGUGGAAUGUAAACUGGGAAAUAAAAAUGGUAACCGUAGAGUUUGCAGAUGAUGUAAGAGUGUCCUUCAUUUGCACGGAGGUGGAUUGCAAAGUGGUUCAUGAAUUCAUUGGUGGCUACAUCUUCUUGUCAACGCGAGCAAAAGACCAGAAUGAAAGUUUAGACGAAGAGAUGUUCUACAAACUUACCAGUGGUUGGGUGUGAGUUUGAUGUACUGUAUACUGAGAGAAACCCCAUGGCCAUAUUAAUAUUUAACUUUUAAAAGCUGUUAUUUGAAAUAUGCUGCUUAAUAAAGUAAGCUUGAAAUGUAUCUGUUUUUUUAAAAUCAUGGACAUUUUUGCAUUACCAGACCAGUUAAUGUAUGUGCACUAACGAGCACUUCCGUUAAUCUGCUAUGAAGAGACAAUUUAUAGGCUACAUAAUGUAGCAAAUUCUGUCUCUGGUCUUUAGAUGCAGUGGGCAGAUCACGAUCAGAGUUGACUGAUUUAAGAUAGCCAAAUUAUUAAGAGAAUUCUAAGCCAUCUACUAUAAAGCUAUCCAGGGCUUAAACUAUAUGAAGUCUAUUUAUCAUGUUUAAUGCAUGUUUUUUCUUUAGUGUUUUUUUUUUUAAUACUGUAAAUUUGACUUCCUGUUUUUGAAGUCCUCCUCCCUUUGAGUAGAAUUUUGAUCUCUAUUUUCACACUACAUGAAUCAGGACAGUUGCAGAUGCCUGACAUUAUUUUGAAGAUAGUUGUGUGGGGCCUUGAAGAACAGUCCUCUGUUAGUCUGUUAUAGUUUGGUUUAUGUGUUAACUUUUUCCUUUGGAUAAUCAUUUAUAUUGUCUUUUUUUUUUACUUUUUCUUUUUUUUUUUUUUACUUUUACACCGUAUUGUAUUACAACACUCUUAGUACUCACCAGCAUACUCACUGUCUGCCUAUGAUAUGCAAUUUUUUUCAUUACAAUAUGAAGUAAAGGUCUAUGAAGUAUAGGUUUUGUGUAACUUAUGUAAAAACACAAAUUUUAUAAAAUUGUACAGUUUUUUUUAACUAGUCUCACAAGCCAAUUAGAAUUUUGCAUAGAUCUAGUGUGUCAGCAUUAACUAUAUAGUGCUUUUAAAAGAUAUGGAUAGCAAUUUGGUGGGGGGGGGAAAUUGCCGUACAACACAUUUUUAUCUAAGUUAAGUAUGACUUUGUUAUAGUUGUGCCACACUGUCCUUAACUCUAAUGCCUGGAGUCUGGGUGUCCCCAUAUGUUGCACCAGUGCAGAAUUAACACUAUUAAGGGAGCUCCUGCCCUGCCCAAUGCCAAGGAAUAACCAGUAUUGUGUUCCGAUAGUCUGUGGUUUAAAGACUAUGUACAAAUGCAUUUUAUUUUAAAUAAAAGUCAAACCUUUUAUUUAA